AAGUUUGUUCAAUUGUUUUGGCUUCACUUUCACUAGAAUUGUCCGAUAUCUUUGCAUUGUUUGCUGUUUGUAAACAACCUACUUCUUGACAUCUCCAGUCUUUAAUCAUAUAGCUGUUUGUUUUUUUAAUUGUGGACUUUAUUAAGUAGAACAUUUCAAAAUGGGUAAACGACAACAUCAAAAGGAUAAAAUGUACCUCACGUACACCGAGUGGACCACGCUCUACGGAGGCAAGAGAGCCGGCCCGGAAACGACCGCCUUCAGGAGGCUGCCGUAUGACCACUGCUGCCUGUGCCUCCAGCCGUUUGAGAUCCCGUACUGCGACAAGGCCGGCAACAUAUUCGAGCUGGAAGCGGUCCUCGCGUACAUCAAGAAGUUCAAGAGCAACCCAGUGACUGGAGAGCCUCUUGAUGCAAAGUCACUCAUAAAGCUGACAUUUCACAAGAAUGCGAAGGAAGAACAUCACUGUCCAGUUUUGUUCAAGACAUUCACCAAACACUCACACAUAGUUGCCAUAGCCACUACUGGAAAUGUUUUUUCUUAUGAGGCUGUGGAGCAGUUAAAUAUUAAGACUAAAAACUGGAAGGAUUUGUUAAAUGAUGUUCCUUUCGAAAGGAAGGACAUCAUUACAAUUCAAGACCCAAAAAAUGUAGAGAAAUUUAACCUUUCAAAGUUUCAUCAUGUGAAGAACAACAUCCGAGUGGAAGACGAUGUCAUUGAUGACUCAUCAGCGAACUUGAAGACCAUAUCGGUGGAAACGCGGGACAUACUGGAUGAGUUGAAUAGAGAAUACAAAGCUUCUGAAAAAAAGGUUGAACAGAAACUGGUUGCUGACAAAUUCAAUGCUGCACAUUAUUCAACGGGGGAAGUAGCUGCGGGCUUCACUUCCACCACCUUGGUGCCCCAGACGACUCACGAGGCGGCCAUAGUGGAGGAAGACUUGGUCCGCUAUGAGAGAGUGAAGAAGAAAGGUUACGUGCGUCUGGUGACCAACAUGGGACCGUUGAACUUGGAGCUGUUCUGCGACGUGCUGCCUAAAACAUGCGAGAACUUCCUCAAGCUCGCGGAGAAAGGUUACUAUGACGGCACAAAAUUCCAUCGUUCCAUAAGGAAUUUCAUGAUCCAAGGUGGUGACCCUACAGGCACCGGUGAAGGUGGAGAGUCCAUAUGGGGCAAGCCAUUCGAGGACGACUUUAAACCAAACUUAACUCACACCGGACGAGGCGUACUUUCAAUGGCAAACUCCGGUCCCAACACCAACAAGUCGCAGUUCUUCAUCACGUUCCGGUCGUGCCGCCACCUGGACGGCAAGCACACUGUGUUUGGACGAGUGGUGGGGGGCCUGGACACUCUCACGACUCUGGAGCGAGUCGAGACGGACAACAAGGACAGGCCCAUAGAGGACAUCGUGGUGGAGCGAGCCCAGGUGUUUGUGGAUCCCUUCCAGGAGGCAGACGAACAGUUGGCCGUGGAAAGAGCGGAAGAAAUCAAGCGCAAGCAGCAGGAGGCGGAGGCAGCGGCCGCUAACAAACGGCCCGUGACUGCCCGCGGAGGGAAGCUGACAGUGUUCAGGAAGGGCGUCGGCAAAUACAUCAACAUGGCAGAAGAGCUGAAACCCGACAGUUCGUCUGGCAGUCCAAUACCCAAGAAGAAAAAAGCACCUGGUUAUCAGUUUGGAAAUUUCAGCAACUGGUAGAACUUGUAAUGUUUUUCAUUGGAGAAACACGGAUGCCAACAUUUUUGAUGGACACAUUGAGAUUAACUUUUGUUUAGACAAUUUUUUGAUUAAUGUGUGGAUCCGUGGUGCUACCACGAGGCCUGAAAAAGAACAUAUUUUUUUCAGUGUGUCUGUAUGGGUAUGCAGUCAUGGAUACCUCGUAGUAUGGCUACAUGAAUGUUGAUGUUGUUCAAGAUAAUGUAAAGUGUACAUAUAAGAUAUAAGUAUGCAAUUUUUUAGAUGACUAAAAUUUGUUCAUUAAAGUUAAUAAUAAAUUCUUUAGUUUAA